UCCGCCACAACAUCCUCAGUUCUCUUCCACUAGUCCGAGCCAACAUGGGUCGAGUCAGGACCAAGACGGUGAAAAAGGCCGCUAGGGUCAUCAUUGAAAAGUACUACACCAGACUUGGCAAUGACUUCCACGUCAAUAAGAGAGUGUGUGAAGAAAUUGCCAUCAUCCCCAGCAAAGCACUGCGCAACAAGAUUGCUGGGUAUGUAACUCAUCUGAUGAAGCGCAUCCAGAGGGGCCCAGUCCGAGGCAUCUCCAUCAAGCUGCAGGAGGAGGAGAGGGAGAGGAGGGAUAACUAUGUCCCUGAGGUCUCUGCUCUCGACCAUGAGCUCAUUGAAGUGGACCCAGACACCAAGGAAAUGCUGAAGAUGCUGGACUUUGGUGGACUGUCUAACCUUCAAGUCACCCAGCCAACCAUCGGAAUGAACUUCAAAACGCCCAGAGGAGUCUAGACACACAACAUUUCCCUCUCAAUAAAAUGAAUAAACUA